GUCCAUUACUUGCGCAACGGCUAGUUAGUAGUAACAACAUGUUCUUACUGCUGUUCAUGGGGCUCGUGCCUCAUAUAUGUGGAGUCAAAGUUCAUGAUGUGUCUACCGUGAUACCCACCUAUGCUGUCAACAACAACAAUUUGAAAACUACUUUGUAUUCGGACGAAAGUAUUAUAAAAUGUUUCCAAAUGGAAAAAGAAGAAAGUUUUGAUCUCGGACCGAAUGAACACAUACGCAACAAGCUUGUAGCAAUACUCUACACUUCUCAUCCAUCUCGGACUGCAAAUGUAGUGCUGGCAGCCCUAUAUCCCGACUCUUGUUAUUACAGUCUUGGAAAGGAAAUCAACGUAAAGGAUGACGAAUUUGAAGUACACCUGCAUGGGAAGGGAUGGGCGUACUUUAAGGAUACAAAAUGUGAAGGGAAGAAUUUAGAAAGCAAUCGCUUGCCUGAUACAUCGUGGUCUCUUCUAAUACCCCAGGACCCGAACGAAUAUCCUUACGACCCACAUUUUGAUAAAUCUAAAGUUAUAGACGUUCUUACUGAUUUUCAACUACACUCCUAUGGCAUUUUAGAAAACAUCAAAAUUACCGUCCAUACCAAAACGGAAUUUGUUUUAAAAUGCUACGAACUAAAUGACGAAGAAAGAGAGAAAUUAGAUUCUAAUGCAAAGUACGUGUCGAUUCUAUUUAAUGACAUAGAAGGUACAAACAGAGUAGCCUUACUUAUUAUGACCACUUGUGAUAACAUGGACAAAAACAUUAUAAACGUGAAAGACGAAAUGGUGGAAGUAUGGUUGUCGAAUGACAAUUGGGCGUACUUUGAAAAUGGCAAGUGUAAAGGAAAAGAAUUUGUAAAUAGCCAACUUCCCGUCACAGUAUGGAUAUUGCAAGACUCAAAGAAAGAGGAUAUCUUCAAAAAAAUGAGCCAAGGACUUGGACAAGGCGGGUAUGAGAAUGAAAGAGAGAAGAUCCGGCACACGGUCAACUCAGGGAAGUGA